CAGGAGUGCAGCAGAGGCCGCCAAGAGCAAAGGAGACGACCGCAAAGCACGCAUGCACCAGCGCAUCAUGAAGCAAUACCAAGACGCAAUCAAGGCCCAUAAAGCCGGACGACCCGUCAACCUAUCAGAACUGCCAGUACCACCAGGCUGUCCUCCUUUACAAGGCGCCGAAAGCGGCGAGCAGAACUUCCUGGGCGUCCUGGAAACAGCCGUCAAACUGGCCAAUCAGGACGCGGACGCCGAGGAGGACGACGGGCCGGAGGAGGCGGUGCCGAAGCCGCGUCCCCCUGCUCAGAAGGCUCGGGCCCCUGCGCCGGCGAACGCCACGUCCCCCGCGGUGACCCCCACAGCCUCCACGGAGAACGUCAGACUGGGAUCCAAGGCUCAGCAGCAGCUGGACUUCCUGCUCAGGAGGAAGCAGCAGUUCAUGAAGGCGGCGCUGCGCUCCAAGCAGAUGAAGGACAUGCAGGGCGCGGCGCAGCACCUCCGCAACGCCAAGGGCCUCGAGUCCAUGAUCGUCGUCGCUAAGGGCGGCCUGCCCGUCGACAUCGCCAAGAUACCCAGUGUACCAGUGAGCGAGGACGAUUACACUCUGUCUCACUCUCGCUCCCCCUCUCUCUCCCCUUGCUCGUCCCAGCAGUACGCCCAGCUCAUGGAGCGCCUGAAGCAGCAGCACGAGAAGUGUCUGAGCGGCUCGCAGCAGUUCACUCAGAUGGGCGUGGUGGCCGAGGCCGGCAGGUUCGAGAGGCUGGCUGACGAGUGCAUGAGCAGCAUCGACGUGCUGAAGAGAGCUCACGCCAAGGGCUGUCCGGUACCCGCCUACCACACCGAGGAGCGCACCUUCAACUCUGUCAAGAUCUUUCCCAGUCUGACCGCCAGUGAGAUGGAGCUGACCAUCAUCAAGGGAAUCAACCUGCCCGCUCCUCCAGGAGUUUCGGCCGGGGAUUUAGACGCCAGCGUGCGCUUCGAGUUUCCCUUCCCCAGUGCGGAAGAAGCUCAGAGGGACAAAACUGGCACAGUAAAGGGCACCAACAGCCCGGAGUUCAGAGCUCCGUUCAGGUUGCAGAUGAACCGAACCCACCGAGGGUUUAAGAGGGUGGUGCAGACCAAAGGCAUCAAGUUCGAGAUCAUACACAAAGGGGGCCUUUUUAAGACAGAUAAGGUGGUUGGAAACGCUCAGCUGAAACUGGAAGCUCUGGAAAACCAGUGUGAGGUCAGAGAGAUCAUCGAGGUGCUGGACGGUCGGAAGGCCACAGGAGGGAAGCUGGAGGUGCGGGUGAGGAUUCGGGAGCCUCUGGGCGGGGUCCAGCUGCAGCCCGUCACUGAGAAGUGGAUGGUGGUGGAUCCGCCCGCCCCCACGCCCGACCGAGAGAGGCCGAGAGAGAGAGAGCGGGCACCUUCACCAAAAUCUCAACCCAGAAACGAUCAGGGGAGGAACGCUAAACCCAGUCUCUCUCCUCCUCGGUACAAACUCCACAGCUUCAGCCUCCUCGACUACGACAAAGAGAGACUGGAGAGAAAGAUCAUGGAUUAUAAAAAAAAUAAACAAAAUCCACCAGCUGAGCUUCUGAACCAGCAUAAAGAGGCGUGUCAGCGUCUGCUCUGGCAAAAAUCCUACCUGGGACGGGGAUCGUCGUCGGCCUUGGCGGAUUACGAGAACGUCCUGAGGAAGCUGGUUCACGGCCUCGCCGAAUCGGUGAAGAGGUUCUCCGCCGAAGGGAACCGGGACGCGGCUAAAGACGCUCUGGGGAGGCUCCGGAUGGUGGAGAACGAGAUGGAGUCUCUGCGGAGGAAACGUUCGGCGUGAAGGCGUGAAGAAGUGCAUCAUGGGAGGGGAACUAUGCAGCCUAGCGACGCUCCUCUUCCCUCCGGAAAUCUGAAGCUCCGUUUAUGUUCUAUCUCGUCACCUACGAACCACCCCCCAUCCCGAUCUAGCGGACGUCCUCUCGCGGUGCAUCAUGGGAACCUCCCAACCUCCGAAAUAACACCAUAUAUGAACUAUAAGGAAAAUAUUAACAUUAGCAUAAAGACAGACGCAGCCAGCUAGGAGUCUAGACGAACAUGGUUGACUGAGACGGAUCGACGCUCUGUCCAUGCCUUGUGUUUUCUGGUGGAACCGGACCCGCUGUGACCCUGACCAGGAUGAAGCUGAAAGAUUAGAGACGCACCGGGGCAUGAGCACUACAUUCAGAUGAAGGACGUGACGAGGUUUAGGGUUUCCAUUACUUAGAUUUUAAUUCCUGUCUCAUGUUUAAUAUUUAUAACAGUCGGUACUAUAUGAAUGGAUGAAUUUAUGAAUGGAUGAGGGUGUGUUUCUGGAAGCAGCUGUAAUAAUGUGUGUGUGAGUGGUGGUGGUGGUGGAAAUGAUGUGUGUGAGAAUAUUUACUGCAGAAUGACACGGAUAUUUUGGACAGACGGUUAUAAAUCCUCAUUAAAAUAUAAACGCUGGUGAAACGA